GCAUGACAUUUACCCGUCCCUAACCUACAAAUUAUGCGCAUGACGCUAUCGCAGGGUCAUUUGAAAGUCAAUGAGCGCAUCGUAUCUUCCACCUGCAACAGUUUUCCAUGAAAAGAAUUUUGAAUCUAUGAGCAACGUAAGCAGUAUUCAAAGAACAGCAUUUUAGAGAAGAGAAAUUCAAGAUGGUUGGUAUAGCAAGACUUCUGCUCAUGGUGGUCAUCUUAACGUACGUCGUUGUGGUGUGGACCCAGUCGAGGGGAAUAGAAUGGAGAGGACGCCCGAAUGACCCGUCCAUCUAUGAACACCCACAAGACCCGACGGUAUACGAUAAGGAAAAGGCCAAGUCAGAAGGCAUCAACUACGCUAACCUGACCUGUAAAGCCAAGGCCAGGCCCUGGGUCAACUACGCCUGGUUAAAAGACGGGAAGGAGAUACAGAUAUCCGACAAGUACACGAUAGCAGGCGGGUAUCUGGUCAUAUACAACCCCACAUAUCCGGACGAUGAAGGGUUGUACCAGUGCAUCGCCUACAACCCGAGGGGAGCGGACGUCAGUACGCCAGCAUGGUUCUUGAUGACGCACGUUGGAGAGUUUGACAAAUCGCCCCGCUCUCAGGUGACAGUAACUGAAGGAAGAGGGUUCAAAGUGGAAUGUGGAGCUCCUGACGGCUUUCCUGCCCUUUACUACGGCUGGUACAAGGGCCAUGUCGCCAACCGGAUCAUUCCGAACGAACGGAGAUACAUCUCCCAUAAAAACGGAGACCUGUAUUUUAAAUAUGCCGUAGUCAAUGACGCCGGAAACUACAGGUGCUUCGUCCAAAAUCAGCAGGAAACAGACUUUGCCGGGGAUUUGCAGAACAGAUCCAGCCCUAUCAUCACCGUGAUCGUAAAUCGUGAUCUCAACCCACCUAUAUCGGACAGAGAACCAGUGAUCAUGCUUGCUCCGCAGGACACCACCGUCAUCGAGGGGUACCUGAGUGCAGAACUGGAGUGUUUCGACGACGCAUACCCUGAAUCUAACAUCCAGUGGAAACGACUGGACAGGCCAGCCAGAGAAGGCGGUGUAGAGAUAGCAUUUCCGUCCAAAGCCCGGUUCAACUAUCACUCCCACGCUCUCAUCAUCCCGUUGAUGAGCGCAGCUGACGGUGGAAUCUUCCAGUGUACCGCCAGCAACCGCAAGGGAUCCGUCUCACACGAGGCCCAAAUCGAAGUUAGAUCUGUACCGAGCCCUAAAGUACCGAGAGCCAGCAAGGCACUCGUCUUCGGAGGCAGUGUGACUAUGUCAUGUGAAGCAACGGGAAGUGAACCUCUCGUGUACAGUUGGUACUUUAAAAGAGACAAGAUAGUGACGGACAACAUCAAAUACGUCGUAUCCACUGACAAACUUACAGUCAAGAACAUGGAUCUGGGAGAUAGAGGAGGUUACCGAUGUAUCGUCUCAAACCAACAAGGAGCGGGUAGUGCCGAAGUUAAGUUACUAGCUAAAGGACCGAAUAUCAUAAUCCCGAUCAGCCAACAGAACGGGAUGGAAGGAUCCACCAUCACCAUGACUGUAAGGUUCGCGGGACUUCCGGUUCCUACUAUGGAGUGGAUCAAACAGGGGGAAGUGAUCGCAACUAGGACACCAGAGGGAGUUGUUGAGACUACCAGUCCGAGAUAUGACGUGACAAGACAGGGAUAUCUUAUCAUCAAGAAUCUGACUCCAGACGACGCAGGGAGUUACAGCUUCAGAAUUCAAAACGUCCUUGACAGCAAGGAUACAGCCGGGAUACUAUACGUUGCAAAACAAUCGCGUAUCAUACGAGGUCCUGGACCAACAGAUGUCAACAUGGAACAAGGAGGUACUACCAUCAUCCCGUGUGAAGGACAGAUAGACUCCCUGCUGGAAAGUGUCAACACUUGGUUUGUGGACGGAAGAAAGAUUGACUUUGUGAAAGAAUCCUUCAACUACAAGAGGGGGCCUAAAGGAGAACUGAUUAUCAAGAACGCAAAUGUCAUGAUGCACGAUGGAGUGUACACAUGCGCACUGGCCACAACUGCUGACGAACAGACUGCAACUGGCAGGGUGCGGAUCAAGGGUGUGAGCGAGGCACCAGUUGGAGUGAAGUUUGAGAACGUGGGGUCCAACACCGCUACUCUCCGCUUCACUCAAGCCAACACCAAUGGAGACAGCUGUAAGGAGUACGUGGUGGAGGCGCAGACAGAGUUCGAUGACAUUUUCUUCACUGACAGGCUGUGGACCCAGGUUUGGAGGGGUUCACCUAGUGCCCUCAGAAGUAGCCGAGGGGGAGCCAAGCUUCUCAACUUGAACAACCUGAAGCCGUACACCGAGUACAGCUUCCGGGUUAUGUGUUUGAAUACAUACGGCAUGGGUGAGCCGAGCUGGCCGACUGAGAAAAACAGGACCUUGCCAGGAGCCCCACCUCGAGCUCCAAGGAAGCUUGGUUACGGCAAUGGUAUGGCAGGAGAUGUGCUGAUGAGCUGGGAGCCGCUUGAGGAGUCAGACUGGGGAGAUUACACGGUUGGAUACCGUGUACGGUACCGCCGACAGGGUACCGGGGACAAGUACCGGGUGGUCUACAUCGACAACCCUGAGGCAGCAGCCUACGCGCACACCCAGCCUCCAGCACCCGUCAACGUUCCAUACGAGUGUAAGAUCGCGGCGUACAAUAACUACAGUGUUGGACCAGAGGCCACGUGGAUAGCCUACUCAUCUUCAGGCCUGCCAGAUUAUCCAAGGAACUUGGAAAUCAUAAAACAAACGAACAACAGUGUGACGAUGCAAUGGGACAAGAUCCCGAACUUCAACGGCCCGAUCCCGUUCUGGGGUGUCCGGUACUGGCGUGAGGAGGAUCGCCCAAGGGCAGCUAGGCGUAAUCAAACAAUAUUUAAACGUGCGGUCAGCUAUUGGUGGGAUACCUGGCUUCGAUACAUCCCAGAGCAAGAGGAGGAGGAUGAAACAGGGUUCCAGUACGCCCGUCUCUAUGACGACGGUCUGACCAAGCUAUCAGGGCCUGCUGGCAAGGAGACUUACAUACUUCGUGGACUUCAGCCGAGCACGCUCUACAACUUUCAGGUGCGAGCCAACAGCCAUCCAUAUUUUGGAGAAUACAGCAACAUCACCCGUGCUAUCACAUUGAGAACCGGAAACCCAUGGCUCCAAGGAUUGAGGGGCACCUGGUGGAUACCUAUGCUGUUCUGGUUACUGGUUACACUGCUGAUAGUCCUGCUGCUCACCCUGUGCUGUUGUUGCUGUCUUUGGUGCAACUUGCGGCAGCGGGACAAACCCAAAAAUGAGCUAUUCCUCCUCUCCAAGAGAAACUGGAAAGCCAGGAAUUAUGAAGUAGAUGUCAUGACAGACUACCACAAGGGGCUCCUUAAGCAGUUCCGGGACACCAUCAUCCGAUACGUCAGUCCCAACCCUGUUACGGAUCAUCUCGUCACAAGUGAUGCCCUACCCCAGACCAUAGCAGGUCAGAUCGAACAGAUUGAAGAUCCUGAUCUGGCCAAUGAGAGGCUCCUGGACAUCCUGCCCUACCGCCCUGAUUUCGCCUUUGACCGUUUCUGUGAUGGAUUCCGGCCUGAACACCCUUGGCUGUCUGAUCUACUGGAGGAGGCGGAAGAAGAAAUGACAGACGAGCACAGGUCUAUCCUCCAGACCCACCAGGAAGCCCUGGCUGCAACUGUCGACCCUCAUCCCGUCAUCAGCCACAUGAAGGAGAAUAAGUACUUCAACCCAAUGGAAGAAGAAGAUCUCAUGACCCUUUCGAGCAAGGAAGAGACGAACAACACUGUGAUUGAAAUGUUGAAAGACCGUCCGGACCCUGCCUUCUACCACUACCUAAUGUGCCUGGAAAAGCAGGAUCCAGACCUAGCUGCCAAGAUUGGAGGACCAGACUGUCAGGUGGACAUCAAGAAGCUUCAGCUCGACAUUGAGAACAGGGCCCUCAUGGACAAGGCAAUGCGGAUGGAGGCCCGCAUGCCACCGUCUCUCAUGGUCGCUGAUGGGAAAUACGACGACGACGAUGAUAAGAGUGGUAAGCACGCUGGAAAAGAUGCGGAAUCCUGGCACAUUGACAUGCCGAUGUUAAGCAGCCUUGAUGACUUCAAGAUGUCGAAAACGGUGGCGGUGGAGCCAGUGGGGGACAAGAAGAUGUCGAACAUGGUCGCUGUUGAGCCAGGGGAGCUGAAGAUGUCUAACAUGGAUUCUGUGGACACCCCAACUAUUUCAUCUAUUCUGGACGGUGUGCUUCCACCACCAGAUACCCAAGCGGCUCAUCCGUUUGAGUCCCAGUCCGGAAGCACCAUUGAAGUAGAAAAUGCCAAUCCGAUCAUCAUUGAGAUUGUUGGAGACGCCAAGAGUGUGCGCUGGCUGCGUGAAGGCAUUCCACUCCCAAACGACGAGUUCUACCAGCAGACCACCGAGGGCGAAGACUUACACUCCCUCUUCAUCGCCAAAGUGACCGAGCAGAACCAGGGGUGUUACACUUGUGAAGGUACCACGGAGCACGGUGUGGUCCACUGUGACAUCUUCAUCAAGGUCCGGGAACCACGGACCGAAAUGGCAUCACUAGUAUAGAAAAUGCCCCUACUAUACGCUGUCUGGAUAUUUCGUUCAGGAUUGUGUGCAUCUCAUGCAGAUAUAAAACAGCAUAAUCGUAUAACUCAUAAGGUACAGAAUAUGACAGUUUGAGAUUUCCAUUAAGGAAACUUGUAGCUUUGUGAGACGUACCUUUGUCGUGCCUAGCUUCGUUUAGAUUGCUUUAUACAUGUAACGUUAUAUCCGGAUAAAGAAAUAACACAUGUACAGUAUGCAGCACAGCGUGUACAGUAUUACCUACUUACCAGGCCGAAUAUUUGAUAAAAUCUAACCUACUGUGAUGCUCACUGACAUGAUAGAACACAAAACCUUACCUACCCGAGUACUUUUCAGUGUAAUGUGAACAGAACGACAAGAUGCGCCUGGCAUCUUGAGUUGCGGGCCAGCUUUAUUGGGUUUUGACAUUUAUACCUAGCAUAUAUAUCAUUCUGUUUUAUGUACACGUUAAUACAUGGGAAUGAACGAACGAACGAACGAACGAAUACUUUAAACCUCAAGCGUUAUCAGGUGCAUAACGAUGGUUACAUGUUUCAUCGGAAUGUUGUUGAAAUAGGGUGUUAUUUACAUGGUGUGAUUGUAUAAAAUGAUCUUAGUUUGUUUCACAAAUAUGAAUGUUAACAUUUACCUCUACUUACAAUUUGUGUUCAACUAUAUUGAAUAGGUUAUGUUUUCAAGUAUGUCGAUGAAUUACUAAAUCCUGUGCUUGUUCCAAUAGUUUUCAAUUGAUUUCAGAAUGUAAUAAGCUUGAUAUGAUUAAUGAGGAAAUGCACGUGAAUAUCUUAAAACGAGAUAAUCAAUUAGGUUAACAGCAAUAUUAAUAUUAGUGGAUAUUUGAGAGGGAAGGAAAAACACACUAUGAGGAGAGGUAUUGAUUUGGCGUAGAUAUAGUUUGUUCUUGUUAUCUCAUAAGAGUUGUUAAUUGGAGUUUCUGAACUUCUGUAUAUUCGGGCGAGAAUUACAUCAUAAAGAAUACACCAGAAUUUCA